GAUAUAUGUAGUUCAUUUGAUUCUGAGUAGUUUUAAUAAAUAUUACACGUUAUGGUGAUUCAAUUGUAUUUUAAAGUGGUAGGGUAGUAGAAAAGUGAUCCGCUUAGUGAUAUGAUCUGCUUGAUGAUGUUGCCGAGAGAAAGCAGCAGCCUGUCAGCAACGAACUCAAUGUAUUGCUUCAUCAAGUUGGCGUUCAUGCCGAGCAGCGCACAUGGAAGUGCCCCAGUCAAGAACUCUUGCUCGAUGCUGACAGCCUCAGUAAUGACGCCUUGGACGGCCUGCUUGCUUGAGCGGUGUCUAAUGGGAGAAGAGGAGGCAGGCGAAGUCAGUGUGGAGGCCCUCGUUAUGGGAUAUGAGCUCGUUCGAGAAGGUCAGACCAGCCAUGAGGCCACGCUUGUUGAGCCAGAAAAUAGAGGCGAAGGAGCCGGAGAAGAAGAUACCCUCAACGGCAGCGAAGGCAACGAGACGCUGAGCAAAGGUAGAAUCCUUGUCUUGUAUCCACCUAACUGCCCAGUCGGCCUUCUUCUUGAUGCAAGGAAUGGUCUCAAUGGCAUUGAAGAGGUAUGUGCGUUGAGCUUACUCCUUGAUGUAUGUGUCGAUGAGGAGGAAGUAUGUCUCGGCGUGAAUGUUCUCGAUCAUGAUUUGGAAACCGUAGAAGACAGCGGGCUUCUGGGAUUUGGACUUCGCUGCUGAAGCGCUCGAGGAGGUUCUCGUUGACAAUUCCGUCAGACGCGGCGAAGAAAGCGAGAACGUGGGAGAUGAAGUAGCGCUCAUCGUGAUUGAGGCGGUUGUUACACUCCUUCCACUCCCCAACGCCUCCAUCACCCCUUAUCAUCCUCAAUCACAUCACCCUCGAACCGAGCACGCAUGCAGUCAGUUCCCUUAUAGCACCGCAGUACUGUACAAUUCCGUAUCAACCGUAUCCGAUGUGAGACGCCCCACACAGCCGCAAACGCGGUUCACUCCGUUACCGCAGUGAGACUGUUUUUGACUUUCGUCCGGGUUGGUGUUGUUAAAUUGGAGACUUUGCUGGGUGCGCAUGAAAGAAAACUAACUUACACUUACUGUUGGGUGUUGGAUCGGUCGAGAGUGCGCUGUACUGUGCUGUGGUGGUGCACAACAGUGCGUAGCAACCAAUUCAAAACAAACACUCCUCCCCACAAUUCCACCCUCAGCGCCGAAAAAUAGGCCGGAGUGAGAUUUCAAUCCCAUCGACGUAGCUAUGACGGCAUAUCACUU